CUGGUCACUGAUUGGCUGUUUCGGUCACAUGCUGAGGGAGGAAAUCAAUCCAGCGACCUCGUUAGCCUCGGGCUCAGGAGCAAUUCGCUUCGUGGCCUUAACGUGGCUGAGUUGAUCAUUAGCAGGCUACAAAUUUAGUUUUGAGUGGCGAUGGAGGAGCUCCGCGACAAAGACUUUGACUGUCCAAGCCUUCUGCGUGAUGAAGAACUGGAAGACUUGGAAACAAAGAACAGCCGAGGGAUCACGAGGAAGAGGAGGAGGGAUGGAGAGGGGGAAGUGUUUAAUCAAAGGGAGGAUGAAGAGGCGGGAGGCGAGACAGGAAGUGAAAAUAAGGAUGAGGAGGACAAAGAAACACAAGCUGGCAGUAAACAUGAGGUGACAGCGAUGGAGAUAACCCAGGUCUACUCCAUCCAGCGCUCCAUCCUCUACAGCACUACGGGUGGAGACCACAGCGUGAGCUUCUCUCAGGUGCCGGGGUCAGAGACUGUGGACAGCUGCCCACCGCCACCUGCAAAGAAGAAGAGAAAACGAAUACCCUUCAGUGCUGAUCAGUUAGUGUAUUUAGAGGCCUUGUUCCUGGAAGACCAGUAUCCUGAUCUACAGAAGAAGAGGCUGAUCGCUGCAGCACUUGGUGUCACACCUGAAAAAAUGAGGAUUUGGUUUCAGAACCGCAGGACAAAAUUGAGGAAAGAGCAGAGCUCCAUCACAGCAGAGGUUGAACACAGACAGAGUAGAGCUGGAUAUAACAGCAGCCCCACACAUCAACCAGUUAACUCCACCAUACCCACACAGGCACCUAACAGUAAGGGAGCUCCCUCUUUUUCUGGUAACUUUGCCACCAAGGUGCCCCAACUCACCUCCACAGCACCUUCUUUCCCCACCCUGUCCAACCAGACUGUGCCCUCCCACAGCAACCUGCAGGCCAGCCUCAGCAGCCCAGGCCAAUCCAGGAUGAGAGAUGGGGGCCAGCACCAGCUUUCAUCUCAGGGGGAGUUGGCAGAGUACCACCCACACCCCAUGCACAGCCCUCCCCCACUGCACCAAGCCAGUCCCCCCGUUUUCACAAAGACCUACAACCCUGCCAACCUGAUUCCUCCCCUCGUUCACACCCUGGCCCACACCCCACCUCUGUUCCUGGAUGCUGUGGAGGCUGGCUCCUCCUUGGCCCAUCGUGACUCCCAGUCUCUGCAGACAGGCACCAGGUCUUUCUUUGACUUUGGGGAGAAGCUCGGCGAUCUGACUUCAAGCCAGCAGAACAACAACCUCCCCUAUAAGCUGCAGCCCUCCUACCCCAGCAGCCAGCCCCAGCAUCAACCUCAAGCAUCUCUGCCCUACAUGGCAUACCUCCCCCCCCCCCCUUACCCCACCCACACUCCCCCAGAUUCUAACCCUACACCUUACCUGACCUUUGGACCAGGAGGAAACUCCACUGGCAUGGUCACCAACUUGACUAGAGGUCACGCCUACUUCCAGUCCCAGAGCAGAGGGCAGGUCCUGCUGCAGUCUGCAGGCCAUCAUGGUGGGAUGGCAGAGAUCACUCCAACCAGGGCUUCAUCCCUUCUGCCUUCUCAGGUCAGCCCUGCCGCUCCAGAAUGCCCUCCAGCGCCCCCUUGUGUCAAGAUUGAGAGAGAGAUUCAUAGCCAGGUCCACUUUGACUUCUCCCCACACAGAUUUUUUACUUAAUGUUUGUUCGGCUUAGUGUGUCAGUGUGUUGUGUAGGAUCUUCUGCAUGUUCUGUUUAGAUAACUAUUGGGAUGUUCAGUAGAUAUUAAUGCCAGCAUACUUGGUCUGGGUUGCAUGUGGCUUGGCUAAAAUAAAUGCUUGUUGCUCUGUUAAUCCUUUAUUUAAUAUGUGUCCAACAUAUUUUUAGUUUUGAUUAAGUCAGUUUUGUUGCAGACCAACAGUUUGGACAUAGAGGGGUGUGGGAGGUCGGGUAAAGUGUAGUUCUACAUAUCCUUUUUCUAAGUAUGCAUACAUGUUCAUGAUUGUGUUGAUUCAGGCAUGAUCACCUACCAACACACGUAAGCCUUUAUUACAAGUUACAAUUUCAUCAUUAUGUACUCAACCCCAUGCUGAUGGAAAGUUGGAGUUCACAAAAUGUCUGGAGGUUCACGGCAAAACAGUAAAUAGUAGAUGAGUUUUCAUUUUACAGUUAACUUAUCAAGUGUUACACAGAAAUGUUACUCGUUACUUAUUAACUAUAAGUAUAAAAGUCACUAUAUUGUUCACGAUAAUUACUGCACAAACAGACACUUUAUUCAUUACAAGGGAGACUAAAGUAUAGACUGUUCAUCUCCAGUGUUACAUGAUUAUAACUGAGUCUGUACACUUCAUUUUAUGGUCUGUUAACAACUCAAUAAAAGAAAGAAAAUGCAUCCUCUC